AUGUCUCCACAACCUCUUAGCAUCAUCGGCGCUGGACUUGGUGGUGUUACGCUCGGAAGAGCUCUACUUGAGAGAGGUAUUCCAGUCGUGCUGUAUGAGCGCGCAACGUCAGCGCCCAGACAUGGCUAUGGAAUCAGUUUACACGCGUCAACCUACAAGCCCUUGUUGAAGAUGCUGAACAUGGACGAGCAAACGUUCAAGCAAAGGGUUGCAGUUGAUGCUGCUGUGGGUGGGACUGGUGCCAUUGACCCUAAGCGACUGAUUCGUCCACGCGAGGCGACAUCGACAUCGUUUCGUGCUCAUCGCGAAAGACUUGAGAAGUUGAUACGUCAAGGAUUGGACAUCAAGUGGGAACAUGGUUUGGAGAAGCUCGAGCAGACACAUAACGGCACGAGCCUAUACAUGCAAAACGACAACACAAUAGAAGGACAGACAUGCAUUGUCGGUUCUGAUGGUGUACACUCCCUCACGAGGAAGUCUAUCUUACGGGAAGCUGGUCUCGAUGUCCUGCCAUUUGUCACCUUUAAUGGAAAGAGAAAGGUGAGCAGGAGCACCUUCGACAGCGUCUACAGUCCAGCCUUGAGAGGAUCCAACGUCAUUGAAUCACACAACAAUGGCGCCUUCCUGCAAGUCUCUGUCAACGACAUCACAGAGGAUCAAGCCAGUGUGAGUUGGGUGUACUCACGCCCAGCUAAGGGAUCAAGCGAUCGUUGCUUCAAACCGAACAGACUACUCUCUGACGCAACUCAAAUCCCAAAGGAGUUCUACCAAGAAGUCGCUGCUCUGACGGAUCUCCCUCAACCCUUCUCGGAGAUCUUCGACGUCGAGAAGAUGAAGCAAGACAGGAUCUUGACGUGGUUGAUGCGUACAUCAAAGGUCGACCUGCCCCAACUUUACCAGCUCGCUUCGAACGGUAUUUUCUUGAUGGGAGACUCGGCUCACUCUCAACCAAUCCUUGGUGGUGAGGGAGCGAAUAUUGCGAUUUUUGAUGGUCUCACUCUCGCCGAAGCUAUCGCCGCGCAAAACGGCGAGACCAUUACCGCAUGGUACAGCAAACACUUCCCGACCUGGCAGCAGAGUCUGGAGACCAGCAAGGCGACGAUCGAGGAGAUGCAUAAGGCGGAGGCUCCUAAAUCGAAGGUUUAG